AUGAGUUCGAAACUUAAGCCCGGGAUAUGGUCACGUGAUACUGUAAAGCACAGAACUAACCUCAUCAUACUUAUUUGUCAGGACCUGCCAAGAUUUGCAGUGACGGCGUCAUUUUUCCGUACAUUAAGGUAUCAUACUGGCUCACUCGCCUUCGGAUCACUGAUCAUUGCCAUAGUACAGUUGAUAAGGGCAGCUCUGGAAUAUCUCGAUCACACCCUUAAAGGGCCCGGGGAGCAGAGUGAGAUAAAAAAGUACCUUGUAAAGUGUCUCAAGUGCUGCUUCUGGUGUUUGGAGAAGUUUCUGAAGUUCCUCAACAAGAAUGCUUACAUCAUGAUUGCAGUGCACGGCAAGAACUUCUGUACCUCAGCCAAGAAUGCUUUCUUCCUACUCAUGAGGAAUAUUGUGAGGGUCGUUGUGUUGGAUAAAGUGACAGACUUUGUUUUGUUUCUCGCCCAGUUGACCAUCGUGGCUGGUUUGGGUAUUGGAAGCUUUUAUUGGUUCGAGUGGAGACAAGAUGGACAAGCACUCAAUUACAUCUUUGCUCCUGUCAUAAUUAUCGUUGUUGGUGCGUAUGUUGUGACUUCAGCCUUCUUCAGCGUCUACAACAUGGCCAUCGAUACGAUCUUCCUUUCAUUCUGUAAGUAUAUCAUUGGUUUGGAGAGGAGGGGAUGAGUAGGAUAGGUUCAUGUAGUGAAUAGCGGCCAAUAAGGGUACAGGAGGUCGCAGAGAAAAAACGGUGUGUGACGGACAUCGGGAGAAGUUGGAAACACUCUUACAACAUUGCUUAAUAAUUAAGAUUUGCCUCAAAGAGGCGGGAUCGCUAAGGAAUGAGUUGU